UGGGGGAUCCCAGCCUCCCCUUACCCAGAUUUGAAGAUUGCCAGUGGAAUCAGGAGUCCACCCUCGCCUUCGAGUGCCCUGUUGAGUCCCCCACAAGAUCUCCGUGGUGCUGUUUAACAGGAACACUGCCCCUGUGGCCUCAGCGAAGCCCCUGGCAAUGAUGUGGGAGGAGGUAACCUGCUCUGUCUGCCUGGAUCCCUUCGUGGAGCCUGUGGUCAUUGAAUGUGGCCACAGUUUCUGCCAAAAAUGCAUCUCUGAGGUCGGGAAAGAUGGCGGCAGUAGUUGCCCUGUGUGCGGGCAGAAAUUCCUGCGCAGGAACAUCCGGCCUAACCUGCAGCUAGCCAACUUGGUGGACACCCUUGGACAAAUGGACCAGAGCACCAUGCAGUGGGAUCAGUGUAGGGUGCAUGGAGAGAAACUUCACCUGUUCUGUAAGGAAGAUGGAAAAGCACUUUGCUGGGUGUGUGCCCAGACACGGAAACACCGUGACCACUCCAGGAUCCCUAUUGAGGAAGCUGCACAUGAGUACCAGGAGAAGUUCCAGGUGGCAUUACAGAAGCUGAGAAGAGAGCAGGAGUUAGCUGAGAAGUUGGAAGUCGAUAUUGCUGAGAAGAGAGCAGCCUGGAAGGCAAGGGUUGAGAUGCAAAAAUCAAGGAUUCACGCAGAGUUUGUGCAGCAGAGAAACUUCCUGGCUGAAGAAGAAGAGAAGCAGCUGCAGAAACUUGAGAAGGAUGAGAGAGAUCAGCCCAGAAUCCUGGGGGAGACUGAGGCCCAUCUGGCCCAGAAAAGCCAGGCCCUGCAGGAGCCGAUCUCAGAGCUGGAGAAGAGGAGUCGGGGCCCAGUACUGGAACUGCUUCAGAAGGCUGAAAGUAUCCCGGAAAGGAGUGAGGCCUGGAACCUGAAGGAGCUAGGCGUUGCCUCCCCAGACCUGAGGAAUGACUUCCGUGUGCCAGGGCUGAAGAAGAUGCUGAGGACACACGGAGUACAUGUCACUCUGGAUCCAGACACAGCCAGUCCGUGGCUCAUCCUUUCUGAGGAUAAGAGACUAGUGAGGCUUGGAGACACCUCCCAGAACUUGCCUGAAAAUGAAGAGAGAUUUGAUAGUUAUCCCAUGGUCCUCGGUGCCCAGUGCUUCGACUCUGGAAAGCUUUACUGGGAGGUAGACGUGACCGGAAAGGAAGCCUGGGACCUGGGAGUUUGUAGACACUCUGUCAAGAGGAAGGGACAAUUUAUGCUCAGCCCUGAGAAUGGCUUCUGGACAAUUUGGUUGUGGAACAAACAAAAAUAUGAGGCUGGCACUUCCCCCCAGACUUCCCUCGACCUUAAGGUUCCUCCUCGCCAAGUUGGGAUCUUCGUGGACUAUGAGAACCACACCGUCUCCUUCUACAACAUCACUGACCAUGGCUCCCUUAUCUACACUUUCUCUGAAUGUGCCUUUGUUGGGCCUCUGCGGCCCUUCUUCAAUACUGGUUUCAGUGACGGAGGAAGAAACACGGCCCCUCUGACCCUGUGUCCACUGAAGCUGGGAUGGUAGGGGUCCACUAACCAUUGGUCUCUUCUGGACAGUGCUACCUGCUCCCUGUUGAUACCCUUCCCAGUUACUGCCCCUGCCUCUUUCCAUUAACUGAGCCACCUCUGCCUCUGCAGAAGUGUCAGCAUCCCAGCAAGCAGGCCUUGACAGGGAAGUCACUGACAGUCAAGGCCCAGUGGCUUUCAACAGCAAUAUUCCUGCCCUAGAUUGCAUAUGAUUCCCUCCAAGGAGGCCAACUACUUCUAUUUGGUCCAAAUUCAUCUGGAUCAACCAAAAACAUGUUUCCCCCUUGUUUAUGUGACUUAAAUUUUGUUUUCUUCUCUUCAUCCCUACAGCCAUUGCCUUUGGUCAGAUCUCUGUCCUAUCUUUCUUGCUUUACCAAAAGGCUUCCUGAGGGAAUUAUGCCUCAGUCUAUCCCAUUCAGACCUCGUUUCUCAUCUACAUCUAGGAUUAUCUUUCCAACAGACACGCACCUGAUCAUAAGUGGCUCCACAUUGCCUAUAGAAAAAUAGCCAUGGCUCAUUACCCAGAGAUUGUGUACCUUAUAAGGGAAGAUAUUAGAAAGAAUCCAUAGGUUCAGGCAUAUCGUUUCCCUGAGUCUACAGGGAACCAUAGAAUAUAACACCAUAGCUGGUAACGAUUGUAUUAAAUUUUGUGAAAUAAUAAUUUGAAAGCAUGGAAAAGUCUCAGGAAUGACUUCUCUUCGUAGCCACCAGAAUUAUGGCAUCCUGCACAUGUGAACAGAUCAGUGCUAAUAGGAAUUUAGUAGUAUCAGGCAAGAUGAGUCAUGGCAAGGCUCUCAUCCUCUUAAAAGUCUUUCAGGAAAACCUACUCUUCAAGUGCAUAUACUCCCUGGAAAGCAGAGAAGGCCAAGCCUUUGGAGGAAACCUGAAUCUUUGACCUUGUAAGUGAAGCCAUUCCAGUCAUUCAGCAGAUGGUGAGAACCCUGCGUCUUGCCCUGGGUACCUUCCACUGCUACCUGCUCCCCCUCAGGAUCUUCUUGGACUCAUAAUGAUUUUACUUCUAGAAUUAGGUUUACACGGUGCUGUUGGUUGCAACAUCAUACAUUUCUGUUUGAAUAUCAUCAGUUUUUCUGCUUCUGUGUCUCUAUCUUGGGGUUAGCCAAUGUAAAUAAUGGUUUGUGACCUUCAAUUGCUAUACUGGUUGGAGGAGGCUAUCAUAAUGAUAAA